CAGAUAGCGACAAUACUGCCACACCCCAUUUCAUUCCUGUAAAGCACAGCGGGAUCUCUUGAGGUUGGGAUAGGCAGCACACAAAUUCAAGUCUUCCCUCUUCCCCAUCUUUAGUUGAACAGGGAGGAAUUGCCCUCUCAGUCACGGUAUGAAGGGACCGUCCCUUUAAGACGUGCCUUGAACAAACUUCCAGCCAGGUUUGACUUCGUGCCCCUCCCUGAGUCGGCUUGCGGCCAGUAAAUUGUGUGUGUAGCGAGAGCUGCCUGCCUGCGUGCUGUGUCAGAAGGGAAUAUCCAGCAGGAAUUUCUCGUGUUGGCUGGGUUUGUGCGACCUGGCCCCAUUUAGCAUGUAUCCCCGUUCCCUGUGUGUUGAGGAUUAUCCUGCAUUGACUUUCCCUCCCCCCCUUCACUGCAGUGUCUCUCUGCUCGAACCACUAAUCAUUUUCAACCGGCUGUAAUCACCGAGAUGGGCUGUUAAAUCUCACCGAAGGAGAGGUUUGUUUUUUGCUCGCCCUCCCAGUUGAGUGAGUGUUAGUGGAGCCAGGAACCGGGUAUUAAAUGCUGUCAGAGUGUGUGUGGGGGGAGAGCCCCAGGCAGCUGGAAGUAGAGCACAGCAGCAUGGCACUGGCGGUGCCCAAUGUACAGGUCUCCAGGGACAAGCUGGUCUGUGCCAUCUGCCUGGACCUGUUCAAGAGCCCAGUGACCAUCCCGUGCGGUCACAGUUUCUGCCUGGGCUGCAUCGAGCGGACCUGGGACCAGCAGUUCAACGGGAGAGCCUCCAGCUGCCCCCAGUGCAGGGAGAGUUUCAGCCCCAGGCCCAGCCUCCACAGGAACAUCAUGGUCUGUGACAUCCUGGAUGAGUUCCUCAGGUCCGGGGCUCACAGUGCUGCUGACCCCCGGCCACUGCUGGCUCCAGGGGAUGUGCCCUGUGAUUUCUGUAGCGGUGCCCAGCUCCGCGCUGCCAAGUCGUGCCUGGUGUGCCUGGCAUCGUACUGUGAGGACCACCUGAAGCCUCACCGGGAGAGCCCAGCCUUCCAGGACCACCCCCUGACCGAGCCGGCCCGGGAUAUCCAGGAACGCAAAUGUAAAGUCCACAGGAAACACCUGGAGCUCUUCUGCAGGAGCGACAAGGCUUUCAUCUGCUGCUUGUGUACCACCAGCGAGCACCGCACACACCAGGUGGUCCCGCUAGAAGAGGAGGUACACAGCAGGAAGAAAGAGCUUUAUCUCAUGGAUCUUGAGACAGAGAAACAGUUGCAGGGGACACUGCAGGAGAUCGGAAUGCUGCAGGAAAGCAUCGACUCAAUCACGACAACAGCACAGCAAGUGGAAUUGGAAAUCACCAACAAAUUUUCUGCCAUGACUGAAGCCAUCGAGGAGGCCCUGAAAGUGGUGAUUGGUUUAAUUGAGCGGGAACGGCAGACUCUCCUGAACCAGGGUAACUGCAUCAGGACUCAGCUGGAGCAGAGGUGCCGUGAACUCCGUGAGAAGAAGCUGCAGUUGGAGAUUCUAGCCAAUAAGCAUGACAGUUUCAGAUUUGUGCAGGAAUCCCUUUGUUUCAGUUCAUCCUCUCAGGUCUCCGAGGUCCUGAAGUUAAAGACUGAUCUACGUUCCAAACUGGCACGUGCCAGUGAAGCUGCCACUGAACUUUCCGCCCAGGUGAAGGAGUGUCUCCGCCGAGCUAUGAAACGCAAACUGAAGAGCACAGAUGUCAGAGGCCAUGAGAAAACUGCUGAAUUAUCAGAUGUGUCUCCACAAACCUCUCAGCAUCCCCCAGAGGCCAAGGUUCGGAAAGGGCUUCGCCAAUUUCCAGCAUCAUUGGAUGGUGCCGUUAGUCCUCCACGGAACAUCUCCCGGGCUGGUUCCUCCAAGAGGCACUGCAGAUGCCUCGAAGCUGAUUAUUGAUCCAAAGGAAUUAAAUGAAAACUCCCACUUGGUCCAGUUGGGCACAGAGAGAAUAAAACUAACCAGAGCCAUGGCACAGACAAGAGCAGCUGCUGAAGUUGGAGAGUUGCUCACCAGUUUAAACAGCUGUCACCAUUUUACUGCAGGGAUUGCCUUUUCACAAGCCUCCAGGUUGCCUGUGCUGACCUGGGACUUACAACUGUGUAAACUAGAAAGGCUACAAGAGUAUCCAUUCUUUGAGGAGGAAAGUUUUGGGUGGGAGUUGAGAACAUGUCCUGGUGUUCGGUCAUCAAUCCCACCCACCACUUUCCUCCCAGUGGUCGGGUGAGUGAGUUGUUGUGUGCUUUACUGCCCAUCUGGCAGACUUAGAUGGAAUCUAAAUUACCAUGUUAGGUAUAUAACGGGACUGGGGUUUAUCCAAGUGGCACCUUGUCAAUUUACAGCGUGAUGUGCACUGUGAAUCUGGAGCUGUCUUUAAAACUCACCGUGCUGUUCAUUUUGUCUGUCUGGGUCAGACUCAUUUCUAAGUACUUGCAAGCUCAGGUAGCAAGAGGCAGAUUGGAAUUUCUUAGAGUUGCAAUUGUUUCUCAGCUGUGUCCUUGUGCAUGUGUUCUGAAGGCAUCAGCUCAACUCAAAAAUGGUCAUUUUGUGUGUAGUGUAGGUGUGUGUGUGUGUGUGUGUGUAGUGUAUGAGCUGAAAAUGUGUUGCUGGAG